CCGGCUAUUAGGGGAAAAACUGAAUUAGGACGAAAACAGGAAGACUGGGUUGCUUAACGUAUUGUUUUAGAAAGGACGAGGUUCCCCCUUAAACGCAGCUCGGCUUAACCCUGUUAUUGUUGCUGGUUUUCUUUACGACAAUCAAAGGGCAGCCUCCCCACUCCUGUCUGACAAACAACCGCUUUAAAUAAGUCAGGAGCUUCCGUCUCCCGAGAAACACGUCUUGGCUACGCCGGCUUUUAUUUUCCUGUUUCCACACGUCCGUUUCCUAAACCCGGGAGUUGCUUUUUUUUUCUUUGCAGGAGAGAGGCCCGCCUGGGCUGAACCGCGCAUGCGGCUGGGCAGGUCCUCUCGCCGGCAUCGUCUUUUCCUACCGCAAGCCACAGCUGGGUUUACUUCAGGACACCCGGCCGGCCGGCCAGCCAAACACACAAACAAACCGGCCGGUGUGUGUCAGCCUCCCCGGCGAUGGGCUCAGACUGGAGCAGCCCCGAAGAGCGAGAGCCCCUCUUGCAGCACCAGCCGCCGCCGCCGCCACCAACACCGCCCAGGCGCCCCGUUUUGCCCGAGCGGUACCCUCAGCAUGGGGGGCUCGCCGGGGCGGCGGCGGCGGCGGCGAUCGCUGCCCCCGGGGCCCAAGGCCGGAGCCAAAGGCCGGCUCGCGCGGGGCCGCCGCCGCCGCUGCUACCGCCGCGCCUGACGCCGGUGCCGCGCCGCGUCUACGCUCGGCGCUGGCUGGUCCUGCUGCUCUUCUCGCUGCUGGCCUUCGUGCAAGGCCUGGUGUGGAACACCUGGGGCCCCAUCCAGAACUCGGCCCGCCAGGCCUUUCCCUUCUCCAGCUUGGACAUCGCCCUGCUCGUCUUCUGGGGGCCCAUCGGCUUCGUGCCCUGCUUCGCCUUCAUGUGGCUCAUGGACAAGAAGGGCCUCAGGGUAACUGUGCUGUUAACAUCAUCCCUCAUGGUGGUUGGAGCUGGCCUGAGAUGUGUGCCUGUAUCAGACCGGGAAACAAGGAAAUGGUUGAUUCAUGGAGGGCAGCUGCUGAAUGGACUGGCAGGCCCAACUGUAACUAGCGCUGCUCCAUUCCUUUCCACAACAUGGUUUUCUCCAGAUGAGCGUGCCACUGCCACAGCUAUUGCGUCGCUGAUUGGUUACCUUGGUGGAGCGUGUGCAUUUUUAGUAGGACCGUUGGUGGUGCCAGGGCCAAAUGGCACAUCGACAGCUCCACUUCCACCUGGAAGCAGCCCUGAGGUUAUAAAAGACCGCAUUGAGGCUGUGCUAUAUGCAGAAUUUGGCAUUGUGGCUCUGAUAUUCUCUGCAGCCCUUGCUUACUUCCCAUCACGUCCUCCAUUUCCACCCAGUGUGGCUGCAGCUAGUCAGAGACUCAGCUACAGAAGAAGUUUUUGUAGAUUGUUAAGCAAUCCCCGGUUUCUGAUGAUUGCUCUAGCCUAUGCGAUACCAUUGGGUGUUUUCUCUGGAUGGUCUGGUGUUCUAGACUUGAUAUUAACCCCAGCUCACAUAAGCCAAGUGGAUGCAGGUUGGAUUGGAUUCUGGUCCAUUGUAGGAGGCUGUGUGUUUGGCAUAGCUCUGGCAAGAUUUGCUGAUUUUAUCAGAGCGAUGCUGAAACCUAUACUUAUCCUGUUAUUAUCAGGAGCAACUCUGUCAUCCAUCUGGUUCACGUUGACAUGCUUAACAACUGUCAUUCAUCUUCCUUUAACUACAGCCACAUUGUAUGCCUCCUCCAUUUUGCUGGGUGUCUUCUUGAACAGCAGCGUACCUAUAUUCUUUGAACUUUUUGUGGAAACAGUCUAUCCUGCUCCGGAAGGAAUUACCUGCGGUGUGGUCACCUUCCUGAGCAACAUGUUCAUGGGAGUCCUACUAUUUUUUCUUUUUUUCUAUCAUGAAGAGUUCUCCUGGUUCAACUGGUGUGUCCCAGGAUCCUGCUUACUAAGUCUUCUACUCAUCCUAUGCUUCAGGGAAUCCUAUGAUAGACUCUACCUCGAUGUUAUUGUUUCUGUUUGACAGCACAGAACAGAAUGGAGUUCAAGAGGAGAAUGGAAGUUGGUAACAUGGAUGGCCUGUACCCUCAGAACUUGCAUAGGCGGAAGAAAAUGCAGAGUUUUAACAUGAACAAUUUAACUGAAUUUACAAAGAGAUUUUUAAAGAAUACUUCCUAAUUUGGUAUUUUAUUCUUUAGAUAAUUAUGAGCCUUGUAUUUGAAUGGGAAUUAGAUUGUUUUUAAGGGAGAGAGUCUAGAUUAUGAAUUGUGAUAUUUUAUUUUAUAAGCUAUUUAACUGGUUGUACAGAUUUUGUGCCAACGCAAACCAUUUACAAGAGAAAUAUAAUAGCAAUAUAAUUUAACUUGGGGUAUAAGGGAAGAACCUCUGUCCAUUUUUUUUAAUUUUUUGCACUCUGAACAGUCAAGUGUGAGUUCUGAUAAUUUAACUUUUUCUGGUUCUUAAAAAUAACAUUUUGUACUCCUUGUGGUUGCACAAGAAGAACAGUGCUCCUAUUAAUGGCAAAGACUUUCAACAUAGGUUGUUGGGGAAUACACAACUUGGUCCCUUAUUGUGACGUAUCUGCCUUUUUUUUUUUUUGCAAACAAGAAUAAUGGAUAGAUAUAAAUGAUCCUAUCAAGACAUCGGUUUUUUAUAUAAUUAUGGUUAAAUGAUUAAUUUCUAUUGAAAUGUUUUCACAAAUGUCCUGAGUUUAUUUUUUAGCUAUUUCUGUUUCUGAUGUGAGGCUACCCAUUAUGGUUAAAAGUUCACCUCCUUGUCUCCCCGUAAAACAGUUUGAUACACUAAAACCUGGUCACCAGCUGCAGGCUUGGUAUAGGAAAUUAUAUCUGUUAUCAAAGAAUGGUGACAGAAUCUGUAGAUCAGGAUAGAUCUCUUCUUUUGUACCCCUUCUUCUUUUAUAUAUAGUUCUGUUUUCCCACCUCAACAAAUCAAGCCCUCCUUCUGUCUCAAAAAACUCACAAAUCUGCUUACACCAAGGUGAUAGUUUUCUGUCUAAGGUUUUUUAGGUUUAUUCCUCAGAUCGUGUGGUUUUCUUUUUAAGGUUGCCUAUUGUGCAUGACCUUGGGUUCCUUCUUUUUUCCAGAUACGCUUUCAGGUGCUCUUAGAGGCAAAAAUUAAAUGCCAAAUCAAAUGGAAAGUACCGAGUGUCCAGCAAUGCCUCUGCAAUGCCAGCUAUAUCGCUCCCUGAAUCUGAAUUCUAAAGUUUGUUCUUCACUUCACUUCGUUCUCCAUUCUCUUUGUUUUACACAGUCUCACAGGCUCAUGCUUUGCAACAAAUCCGAAGCGACCGGUCCUUUGCCAAAGACAGGCUGUCCAGAGCAAGGCAACACCCUUGCGGGGAGAUGGCCGGUCCGUGUUUUCUAAACGAUGGCCAGCUUGAUUCCCUUUGAACACAAAAUCUUCAAGUCACUUUAGUAACUCUUCUUACCUUUCCCCUUAAUAUGGAUUGCACUUUAAUUCUGACUUUGUUCUUUGCAGUCAGUCCCCUCCUCCACUCUCCCACUGUGUAUGUGUGCAUGUAUAAUUUGUUUCUACAUACAAAUGUUUUUAUUAAGAGAUUACUCUUCUUCUUUAGCAUAUUCCUGCCACGUUACAUACGUAGUGAGAAAUUUGUAAUGAUAUGUUAGUCUAUUAGCUAUUAGAAAAGCCGCUAGGUCAGGAAAGAAAUAGUUUACACAACAUAGUUAAGCCAUAGAACUAAUAAAGUUUUUUUUCUCUCUCCUCUGUCUGCAAGAGAGGAGUAAUGUAACCAUCAUGCCUGGAGGCUUUUGAUGAUGCUGGGAUGUAAUAUUCUGCUUGAGUGAGAACUCUGAAUUGGAUGUGUCUGGCUUCUGCCAGGAAUUCCAUUCUGUCAUCCUUGAUUCAUUUGGCCACUCUAAUUCUGAAAUUAAGGGAGACUCUUCAGACUUGCUACCUUUUCCUCUGUGUUCAGUCAUUCACUUUGUUCUGUAGAGAGAUUGAAUAUUUCUUCGUAGGGGCAUUUGAGAUUGUAAGUGGAAUUAUUUGUGUCAUUUUUAUAGCGUCAGCAUUGCUGCCAUUUUGUAUACAUACAGGAUAGUAGAAUGUGGUGAUUUGAUAAACUGAAGCUUGACAGCUCAUGGAAGUCUGAUUUACCUUUUCAGUAAGAAGCAUAGCCAUCUUUUGUAUCUCUAUUUAAUUCUGAUUACCCCUCACUUACAGGGAAGCUCUUUUCUACUUAAGCAGGAUGCCUGGUCGCUUUUCUUUCAUGAUCGUCCUUUCGGGCAGCAACAGCUGCAAAAGAAGGAAUACAGUCGGGCUGCCCAGAAAGAAGCUUCCUCAUUUAACACCCUUUCGGACUUCUGGGCCUUCUUCAUUGUGGAAAAUUAUAUGAAGCAAAGCUAAACUUUUCUUGGCGUGGGGAGUUAACUAUAGGGCCGUCCUGUUCAGAUUAAAGAUUUGCACAUACAAAAUAUGUUCAUUGGAAGCAGAAAAACAUUUGUCACAUAAAUGACUAGAGCCAUGUCAUUUUUUUUUCAGCAUUAGCUAAAAUUGGUCCAUAGACUCAGAUUAAAAUUAAUGUUUUCCUAGGAGCAUUUUCAGUUAUCUUUCUGCCACUUCUUACUGUGGGAGUUAGAGGAAAAUUAAUUCUCUAACAACAGAAUGAAACAAAAACAAAAUUGUUGUGUUGUCUCUAAGACUGACAAAUUGAUUUCAGUGUGAGCUGUCAUAGAUUAUUAGACACAUCUUUAGAAACCUGUUUAUGAGCAACUGGGCUGUCAUCCGUGAGAUCUCGUGCUGAAAUACAUUUGUUUGCCUUAAAGCUGCCACAGUAUUUCAAUACUGCUGAAACAGACUAACACAACUACCUCUCUGAUAACUGCAGUUAGGAAUCCCUGUGUGGUUUUUCUGCUAAUAAAUAAGUCUAGGGCUCUUAAGAAAUUAAAUACAAACAUUUCAGAUUAUUCAGUCAGCAGCUUGAUAGUUUGUGGCAGUUUUAUGCAUGUGUUCCUAAUUUUUGACUGGCUCCUCUGUAAUUUGUAUUGAAUAACCAUGGUCAUCCAUGCUUUCAAAUGUAGCUGCAGUAUGUCAUCAGUUAUGGUCAAUAAGCCAGUGAAAUUGGAUCAGUUCAAUGGCAAUUCUAAAUGGUUGUGAAAAAGGAAGCACUCUGUCAAUGAAGCUUCUCCUCUCUGGGCUUUAAGGUUCAUUUUAUAAAAAUGCUUCACAAUUGAGACCUGGAUGCCUUAGCUCCUAUCUCAGAUUUACAGCACAAAUAUUUGGGGGAACGGGGCAUUAUGGGGGAAAAAGGGAGAAAUUCUUUUAGUUUUGGUGGCUAACAGAUUCAGAUGUCAGUCUUGCAGGACAACUGCUUCAUCUGUUCCUAUUUCUACGCCUGUUUACUGGGAGAAGGUCUCACUAAACUAAGUAGAUCUCUUCAGCAACUGUGGUUUGAGCUGAUAGAUGCUUGAUACUAAACCUCUGUAGUCUUGUGCCAUACUAGCUGUGUUGGGCCGUUCUAGGACCAGUUUUGUCCUUGUAUACAUAAUGAUAGACGAGGGUUCAUAAAUCUGAGAAAAGAAACCCAGGGUCCUCAAGAUAUUGUUGGACUCCUUUGCCCCAUCCAGCAUGGCCAGUGUUCAGAUGUCUGCAGGGUCACAGGUUUCUCUCCUUUGAUGGAUAUUGUGCUAUGUGAGGCUGUUGUUACUAAUUAAUGAAGGAGAUAUUGGCUGACAAAUAUUAACUGUAGGCCAUUUUUAGAUAGCUAAGGGAUAGAUUCUUGUCAUUUUCAGAUUAAUGGAUGAUUGUUCUUAAGCUUCCCUUUGUUUGCCGUUGGAAGUUCAUUAAACCAUUCCUUUUAGUUGAACUUCACUUGAAAAUAAGCUCAAGUGUGAGUCAAUUUAUGCGGUUUAUAUGUACUAUCCAAUAUUUUUUAUCUCAGAUCUACUUUUACUUGAAAGCCUGAUACUGUACUAUUGAAAUAACAGUGUCUUAAUGCAAGUACAUUUGUUCAGGAUUCAGGUGUCACAAUUGUUAUUUUCUUUUCUUUUCUUAUAUAUGCUUUCAGGAACAAAAUUUUUAUCCCAUUUCUAGCUUUGAGGAAACACUAUUUGAUCAGUUCCUUGGUCCUAGUGAUGCUAUUAAUUCUCAUUUGCUGGCUAUACUUUUGCCCACUGAGUUGCAUUCUGCAUGCUAAGUCAUGCAGUAUUAUAGUUCCUCGUGCCGGAUGGAAGCUACUGGCCAAACUUGCUGUAUUGCACAUUUCAAAAAGAGUGUUGUGGUAUUUUAGACACUAACUACUGUGCCAAGAUGAAUUGCUUAAAAUAAUUGGAGAGCGUAUUUUUCAUCCGAUAUUUAUAAAUUCUCAAGACAGAAACGGCAACUUAGAAGAAGUAUUCCUUCCUAUCUGAGAAGGCCUCUUCCAGGUAAUGAGAAAUACCUCUUCUCAGGUGGCCUGGCAGCCACACAUCAGUUAUUUGGCUAUAUAUCCUAGUCAUGGAGAAGUAAAAGGAGUUGCCAGGGCUGUUGUCUGUGGCACUGGGAACUUUACUUGCUAUGCUUUGAGUUUUGGAGAUUUUGCCUAAUAUUGCUUAUGCAUUUUCUUUACUACAAUAAAGACUGGUGUGCUGUUUAAAAACAUUAUUUACUGAAACUGUUAAAAACAUACUACUUUUGGCAAUACUACAUUCAGUGACUUUUCAGAAUCCCUUGUAUAUACUGUAUUUAGGACUUCCCAUUCCAUAAUGAAUGAUCUUAUUUACCUUUUUAAUACUUUUGAGAGCAAUUUGCAUUCCUCCCUUGUACAGUAUCUGCAAAUCUGAUUUGCUGUCUGAAAAUCUCAAGCUUCCAGUUUUCAUUGUUUAGGAGAACAAACAAUAAAAACUGAAAGCUUGAGAUUUUCAGACAGCAAAUCACAUUGCAGAUAACAAGGGAGGAAUGCAAAUUGCUCUCAAAAGUAUUAAAAAGGUGAGAAAGGUGAUUGAAAGAAUGGUGCAGUUGUCAAGAUUUUCAAUUACAAGUUUUGAACCUUCAUCUCAAACUUGAUGCUGUUGUUUUUACUCAUUGGUAAGACAUCCUCAUGCUCUGAAUGCCAUUGGUUAAAUAAUGGGAAAUCUUUUAGGUAAGUUGUGUCAUAAGUGAUUAUUGCCUUGAGCAAUGCUGGAAUAUAUUUUUUUAGUAAGGUCACACCAAUCUUCUACAGAAUACCAGCAAAUUGCUGUGAUUUGCUCAGAGGUUGUUUCUGCUUGGCUUAAUGUAAAUGACAAAACUCAUUCAGUGACUUUGUAUUUAAUGCAGCUAAUGCUUUCAAAAACUGUUCUCACUUUUUCCAGUUUUCUUUAAAUGUAACUCUUUUUAUAUGCAGUUAUUCACAUGUCAAAAUCCUGCAUGUUCUGUAAUGUAUGGUACCCCUACCUGUGUUUCAGAGAAAGAGGUUUUCUAUGUUAAAAUACUUACAUUCGUAAGCACAUUGCAGGAUUUAUUGUAACUAAAUCCGGUAGUAUGAACAUGAAGAAAACCCCACCCAUCUUGUCUGUGGAUAUGACAUUUUGUAAAUCAAAACUGAAAUUGUAAAAAUUGGGGGGGGGAGUAGCAUUCAUUAGGGUUUGUAUAAAUUUUAAUUUUUUGUAGUUUUGUAAAAAUAUAUAUUUUUAUUUUAUGGCAAGUUCUACUUUUGUAUGUACUAUACUGACAUGGGACACAGUUCAUCAGAAGCAUAUCCUGCUUUUGUCUUACUGGAUUAAAAUAAACUUGUUUCAACAUUAUUCUAUUUACCUCCUUCCCUUCCUCUUAAGCAGGACAGGUUUCUCAUGUAUUGUGCCUGGGAUGUCUUUUAUUUUUUAAUUAAAAUUAUUUAAACCCAAUGUCUAUACCUGGAAAUGUAAAUGUCACCUAUCAAUUUGGAGUUCUGUUGAAACCAGAAUCUUGGUGUUAAACAUUGUGUGUUGACUUGUAUAAUACUUGAUAACAUUAAAAAGGAGGGGUGUGGAUUGUUAA